UUUAAUUUUGCAAUAGCGAAAUAAAACAUUUGAUUUCUGAUUGAUUUCUUGUAUUAAAUAAUUCGCACGGGAAGCUCUGACGUUGGGUCGCAAUGAAUGGUCACGGUACAGAAACGCCUGAUAAACACGAAUCCGAUGUCAUACCAUUGCACAAUGAAUCGAUUUCGUGUGAAAUAGAAAUCAAACAGGAGCCGACCGUCAAACAAGAAUAUGAAGGUCCCAACGAAAUGCUGAUGGUGUCACGGCCAAUACACACACCCAUUGGAUCGCUAGACAAUUUGAUUGGUGUCACUGAAGUGAAUGACAGCGACGUUUGCUUCGAUUUUUGCGAACUGGAUGAGGUAAAAUCGGAAGUGAAGAUCGAGAAGAUCAAGGAUGAGGCGAAUCGAGUUCCAGGAAGAAACUUUAGCAAAGACGAAACGCCACAAAGCAUUCCAAAAAAGCAUUUUUCUAAAGACAAGAAUCAGAAGUCAAGUGGGUUGAAUGGCGAUGCAGCUAGAACCGGUAAAAAUAAGAAAUCAAACAGUUCCGAUGACAAGAAGAAGCCAACCGAAGGCAGGGCAAAUCGAAAGCGACACAAGUGUUCAUUGUGCGAGUAUGUUACAGUCAAUAAAGGCGAUUUAGCAAGGCAUAUGCUCAGGCACACAGGCGAGCGACCAUUUCCAUGCAGCGUCUGCCAGAAGCGAUUCACUCGAAAACAACAUCUCCAAUCGCACAUGAAAACACACGUCGAUAAAUUUCUGUUCAGCUGCUCGAAUUGUUUGCAAGGAUUUCAUCGCAAAGAGGAGAAGGUAGAACAUGAAUCUGGUUGCAAGGUGCGUUGCUACGAGUGUCAUCUGUGCAAGGAAUUCUCUAGUGUGCAUAAGACGAAUUUGAAAUGUCAUCUGCGUGUUCAUACCGGCGAGAGGCCAUUCGAAUGCGACCAAUGCUUAAAAAGAUUCAAUCACGCAAGUUCUUUAAAAACCCACCGCAAAACUCACGCCAAUCCUCGUCCUCGUCCAUUGAAAAUCAAGUGUUCGUCUUGCUUCAAAAACUUCGCCGAACAGAACGAAAAGGAAAAUCAUGAAGCCAAGUGCAAGCGACGCGGAUACCGAUGCAAUUUGUGCAAGAGCUACACAACCGAUCAUAAACCAAAUUUGAUGGACCACAUGCGAAUCCACACUGGCGAAAAGCCAUUCCAAUGUGAAACCUGCUCGAAGUGCUUCUCACAAAAGACUGGCCUCAACCAACACAAGAAGAAAAUUCACAAGUAG